AUGCCGCGAGCUCGCCUGACCCCCGAGCAACAAGAAGCACUGAAGCGCGUCGAUCUGCUGCCACGGAUGCCGAACGCGAACAAGAGCGUCUUCGAAUGGAAGCCCGUCGUGCAGUGGCCGAUGAUGAGCAACGGGAACGCGAACGUGAACGCGAUCGCGCCCGGCGUGCUGCACAAGACGAGGAGGAUCGGGAGCGUCAUCGUGACCGGA